AGUCCUUCAGGAGGCAGCAGAGAGAGUGUUUAUUGCUUGGGACGGGACGGUAUAUGGGUGUGUGUGUGUGCAGACCGGGAUCUGAGAUUUUUGGGUGGUGGCUGGCUGUCUGUUUUACUGGAACUGCAGCAGCAAAUACGCUGGAAUGCGGUUGUCCAGCUAAAUUAACCCCGUCAAGUUUGAGUGAAAUCUCGCGUUUCCUUUCAACUUUUAUCGUCUCCGCUCUUCUUUUGUGCGUGUUGAAUUUUGAGGGCGGGUUAUCCCGGUCCGAGCAGCUUUUAUCGAUUCAUUCACCGAGUAAUAUCGAGCUAAAGGGAUAGCGUGCUAAGUGAACACAGAUGCAGGCCAUAAAGUGUGUGGUUGUCGGGGACGGUGCUGUGGGAAAAACAUGCCUUCUGAUCAGCUACACCACCAAUGCUUUUCCCGGGGAGUACAUCCCUACUGUGUUUGAUAAUUAUUCUGCUAAUGUGAUGGUCGAUGGAAAGCCGGUGAACCUGGGACUGUGGGAUACAGCAGGGCAGGAGGAUUACGACAGGCUUCGACCGCUUUCCUACCCUCAGACGGAUGUGUUCUUGAUCUGUUUCUCUCUUGUGAGUCCAGCCUCGUUUGAGAACGUCCGUGCAAAGUGGUAUCCAGAGGUCAGACAUCAUUGUCCCAACACUCCGAUAAUCCUCGUUGGGACUAAGCUUGACCUGAGAGACGACAAGGACACUAUUGAAAAGUUGAAAGAGAAGAAACUCACACCCAUCACCUACCCUCAAGGCCUCGCUAUGGCCAAAGAAAUAGGAGCUGUGAAGUACCUGGAAUGCUCAGCCUUAACGCAGCGCGGCCUUAAGACGGUGUUCGAUGAAGCCAUCCGUGCGGUCCUGUGUCCACCUCCGGUCAAGAAAGGAAAGAGGAGGUGUUUUGUCCUCUGAACUGACUGUACUCACAGCACCAGCUGCAAUCUGAGCUCACCUGAGAGGAGAACAAUGGAGGCGGGGAUGAUGGGAAAUGUGUGUUGGAGAAGAAGAAAGAUUCUGCACAGUGUAUGCAUUCAGAUAUUUCUCCCUCUUGCAUUGUAAUUAGAAUUACGCCACUAACUAGCUGUUAAGAUGCCAGAUUAUUUGCUUCCGAGAGAUAGGGAGCGGUGUCCAUAGUUGUUUUCCUUCCCUACACUAAGAAAUUCCUGCUGCCUUCUAAUGAUCUUAUUUUCCCCUCAUUUUGAUGAACUAAAUACUCCUUUCAGUGUAUUUCUCCAUCUUCGUGAGCCCAUAUAUUUUGUUUACAAUCUGCGUUUUUGUAGAAAAUUGCCAAAAUGUAAAGCCUACAAGUUGUCUAUUUCAAUUUGCUCACACUAACAAUCUCAUUUUUUCCUAAAGGUUUGGGGGUGUUAAUCAUGUGUACUUGUAAGAGACAGAGAUUGCUCUAAUAUUGAAGGAACUAUUUUACAAGAGGACAGCUGAAAACACUUUAUUUUUUUGGUUCGUGUGUUACGGUUUCCAUGCUAGAGAGUUUAUUUUGUUGAACUGUAUAUGAAACAGACCUAGUUAAAAUGCAUAUAACAGCUUUGUUUUGUCAGCAUAUAGCAUAUUUUCACUACUGUUUCUAAAUAUUCAGAAGAGCAGAUCUCUAGUUUAAUCUCUCUCUCUGUAUUUUAAUCAGUCUGUCGGAAGAGCCUGGCAGUUUGAUCUAUUUUACAGUCCCAGUAUUGUAUUUAGACUACAGAUCUACCAGUGCCUAGUAGCAGACUAGGGUUUUGUCAGAAAUCGGAGUAUGUUGGAAGUUUCUGUACUCUAGACACCUCAGCACUAUGGCAUGGGGUUCGUCGUCUUUAAAGAUUCCCAUGAACACUGUGCUAAAUGUAGUGGAUUCUUGAAUUCAAUAAAUAUGAACUGUUUGUUGUUAGGGUACAGACAUAAAGUAUUAAGCUUUUAAUUGGUCUUCAGACAUGGUUCGAGAGGAAAUGAUUCUAAUUUGCCAAAAUUAAUGGUUCUUUAAUUUUGUCAUUUUGACGGUUCUGUAACGUUUUAAAACAUUUCAAAUGCUUUAUUCAUGCCUUUAUUGUCUCCACUAAAGCUACAUGUAUUAACCUUUAUGUCUGAAAAUAGAAACCAAAUAUAAAAACAUUUGUCUUUGUCCUUUUGUUUUCAUGUAUGCUUAUUAGUUUCUUCACAUAACACUGGAAUGUGACCAGGCACAAUGCGACAAAUAUGUCUAUAUAUAUAUAUAUAUAUAUAUAUAUGUGCUGCAGAGUUGAUGUGUUUUUGUUGACCAACCCGGAAGUUAAUAUCAGCCUGGUUCGCUCAACCAUAAUCCAGUAGGUUUUUUUCCAUUGGUUUUUGGAUUAUUGCAGAAAAUAAGUGAUAUGACCAAUAAAAGUUUAUGGUUCUUCCAUGUUUUGUUCAUCAUAAUCUUCACAAACGAACACAGCUUUAUGAAUUUUAAAGGCUAGAUACAAUUGCCAGAAGUAAAAUGCUACAUAUAUCAAAUGAAACCGCA